UUACUUUUUACUUUUCUUUUUUCUAUUUCUCUCACUCUCUCUUUUUAAUUUAAUAAAAAUGCACACUAAAACCAUUCUUACUCUUGCUAUUGCAACCCUUAUGGUUCAAGUUCAUGCCGUAGCUUCUGUUGAUUCUACUGUUAAUGAUAUUUCUUCUGAUGCUAACAGAGGUACACAUGUUGCUCCUCUUUCCAUGCUUGAAAAGAUGGGUGUCAAAGUUACAAAAGUGGAUGCUGAGAAUGAUGUUGGAAAAGAUGAAGAAAAUGACGUAGAUUUGCAAGAAAAUGAGUUGGAAGAACAAGAAAAUGAUGUUGAUGCUGACGCUGACGCUGACGCUGACGCUGAUGCUGAUGUUGAUGCUGACGCUCAAGAGAUUGAUGCUGAUGUUCAGGAAAAUGAUACUGAUGCUAAGGAAAAUGAAGUUGACAUUCAAGAGAACGAAGAAGGCAAAGAAGAAGAAAAGAAGGAUAAAAAGAAGAAGAACAAGAAAGGAAAGAAAGAGAAGGAGAAUGAAGAGGACUUGAAAAAGAAUACGAAUACAGAUGAGACUGCAGAAGAACUUGCACAAGCUGAAUUAGAGGAAAAGGCUGAAGAAAACGCCAACAAAGAAGAAAUGGAGAGUAUUGAAGCUGCUGAUUUUAGUCAAUCUAAUCUUGCCUCUCAAAGCCUCUCUGCUUCGGCUUCUGCUGCAAGUCUUUCUAUGGCUUAUGGUGCCUCUGACCUUCAUCGUAACCCUAUCGUUAUCGCUACUUCUUCUCUCAAGCCCUCUGCUAAGGCUCAAAAUGCUAAGAAUAGUGGUAACUUGGUUCAUGUUAGUAUCGGUGCUACAUUUAGUGUCGCUGCAUUAGUUGCCUAUGUUCUUUUUUAACUAUCUUUCUAUCUUUUGCCCUUCGCCUCCCCUCCCCUCCCCCCAAAAAAAAAAUGAAUAGACUUUUUUCCUUUUCUUCUUCUUCUUCUACCUUUUUCUUUAUUAGAAUUACAAAACUAAACAAUUAUAUAUUAGUUUAGUGUCUUCUUUUUUUUUUUU